AUGACAAAAGCAGUAUGGCAUUGGAAUUCGAAUUUAAAUCCAUGGUGUCCAAAACAAGAACCACAAUGGACAAAAUAUUCUGAUAUAGAAAAUGAAAUUAUUGAGAAAGCUUAUCAAAAUCAUCAAAACUAUGUUGAAUUAGAUUUAUAUUGGAUUGAUCUAGAACAUAAAGUACAAAAAAAGAAAUCGAAUUACAAUAAACAAAGACCAAUAAAAAGAAUUUUAAUUGAAAAUGAGAACAAUUUAAGAGAAGAAAGAUUUUUUAUUCCUCCAAAAUUAAGUAAAACAUUUAGUUCUUAUAGUAUUCAUCAUUCUGAUUUUAUUAAUGAAUGGAUUAGGAGAAAUUUUCAUAUAAUACAUGAUAUAAAGAAAAUAGUUCAAAAUGCAAUUGAUGGUAUUAUUCAUGAAGGUCAUUUACUUGAACAAGAUAAUGAAGCAAAAUGGUUAGGUAACAAAGUAAUACAAUUUAAAAACAGUACACAAGAAGAAAUUAAUGAAUGUUGUGUACAUCUCUAUACUCGUGAAUCAUUUCUAUAUAAAUUAUUGAAUAAAACAUUACGAGAAGAUGACAUGAGUAAAGUAGAUACUCUAGGAUCAUUUGCUUAUCUUUUAUAUGAGAGCAGUUCAAAUUUAAAAAAACAUCUUUACCAAGGUGUUGUUUAUCGUGGAGCCAAACUUGAAUCAGAUAUGAUUGAUGAUUAUAAAAAAGCUUUAAAUGAUGGUUGUAGAUCAUGGAGCGGUUUUACGUCAACAAGCAGAAAUCGUCGAAAAGCUGAAAAAUUUGGAAAUAUAUUAUUUAUUAUUGAUAUUUUACGUCCCAAUACUGCAAUUGAUGUAUCAUCAUUAUCUGAAUAUCCCAGUGAACAAGAAGUUCUUAUAGGUGCUGGAUGGAAUUUUUCUAUUAAUAAUAUAGAAUUCGAUCAUAAUGGAAAACAGAUUAUUUAUAUAAAACAAGAUUAA